AUGGAGAAAACUACAGUGGCUGUCAUUGGCGCUGGCAAGUAUUUUCAACCAGGCCCUACAGGAAUCUCUAUGCUCAAGCAGCUACUUGAAGAUGGAUUCGAUGUUACAUUAUUUGAGAGACGAGACAAGGUUGGAGGACUAUGGGCUUAUGAUGCAAACCACGGAUGGACCACGGCUUUGAAAGACACUCGCGCAAACAUCAGCAAGUAUACAUGCGGAUUCACCGACUUUCCGAUGCCAGACAAGUAUCCGCCUCACCUUAGUCGAGGACAGUUCCAGGAGUUCAUGCAAGACUACGUCGACCAAUUUGACUUGACCAAAUACAUUGUAUUCAACACCAGCGUUAAGCUUGUCCAGCGCAACGAAGAUGAUACAAAGUGGACAAUUCAGCUUGAAGGAGUAGAAAGCGGAGAAACUGAAACACGACACUUUGACAAGAUCGUCUUUUGCCAUGGAUAUCAGACAGAGAAGAAGAUGCCACAUUUCCCAGGACAAGAGACGUAUGAGGGAGAAAUAGUGCACUCGCAGCAAUACCGAAGCCCCGAGGCUUGCCAAGACAAAACUGUGGUACUCCUUGGUCUUGCCACCACCACGGGCGAGAUUGCUCCUCAACUCAUUAACACUGCUCGGAAAGUGUACGUCUCGCACCGAAGUGGCCAGAUUGUGGUGAAGCGCUAUCGCAACGGACGACCAACAGAUCUCAUCAUCUCAUGGAGACGCCGCAAUAUCAGCCAAUGGAUUGCCCGGAACCUGCCAGCUCUUCACAGAAACAUGGCAAAUUGGGCAGCUUCGUUGCUCGCCUCGCGGACUGCUGGCUUCAAGAUAAAUCCAGAAUGGCGUCUGAAGCCAUUUCCCAGCAUCACUCUGCGACUGCCUGGUUUGAUCGAAGACUGUCUUCCUCAUCUACAAGAUGGAAGCUUGACGAGUUUGCAUGGUAUCAAGCGAUUCCUUGGUGGAAAAUCCAUCGAGUUUGAUGAUGGAACAGUGUUGGAUGACGUUGAUAGCGUCAUUUUCACCACUGGGUAUCGCGCUGACUUUUCCCUCACCCCAUUCAUUGAGACAAGCACCCCCAAAGCUCGCAAUUACGGAGGCCCUCCGAUCCAUCGGUUGUACAUGAACGUCUUCCCGCCCAAAUAUGCCGAUAGCUGCGCAAUGCUCUGCUACUCGGCGUUUGGCAAGAACAACGGCUUCUCAUUCAGCGACGUGAUGAGUAUGGCUAUCUCAAACGUCUGGCGGGGCGUCAGCGACUUGCCUUCACACAAGGAGAUGGAACACUGGGUCGACACACAUCAAGACUGGGUUGCAAAGAAUUGGUCGAUUGAACCACGACUAGACGUCAGCAUGGUGAAGCAGUACGAGUUCCAGCCGUGGAUGCACGAACAAGCCGGAACAGGUAUGGAGAAUCUGGGCUGGGGCUGGGCGGGAUGGAAGUUUUGGUGGAAGGAUAGAGAGAUGUACAACUUGAUGAAUCACGGAGUUGAGACGGCGCACAUGUUUCGGUAUUUUGAGACGGGCAAGAGAAAGACUUGGGAGGGAGCAAGGGACGAGAUUAUUCAUCAGAACAAGAUGUGCUGUGCGAGAUACUGGUUAUACGUGAGAUUGGGACGAGUGUGCAAUGGUGUUUAUGGGAGCUCAUCAAGUAUUGAAGAGAAACCAUCCUUUGAGCCAAAAUAUGUCUACAUAUCUCUCAAUCAAGACUAUAACUUACGUCCAAGUUGCCCCAUAAAUACAUCAACCUCGUACUACUCCGCUGUAGCCGAUGUUGGUUGA